UUCGUGUUUACUGUGCAAUAAAAAAGAGGCCUGUCACUAGCUAAACGCACUUUGUAACCUGACAGCAAACAAGGAUGAAUUCUGUGCAGCACAUCGUCCUCUUUACUCUUGUGCUUUUCGCAUUCAGUGCGGCUAAGCCGUCAGAGAAAAUGCUGAAGCAGUACGAGUUGACUGACAAGGAGUGUCGCGCUGAAAACAACCUCACAAAAGAUGAAAAACCAGACCCUAACGCAGAAGCUCCCCGCUCGUUCAAAUGUUACACGAAGUGCAUCAUCGAAAAGAACUUUUAUAAGGACAUCACGGACGCCGAGAAAGUAAUUGCUGGAGCAAGAAAAUACUACUCAGAAUUAGACCCUGCAGAGAGCAAAAAUACCGUUGAGGCAAAAAUCGCAACCAUGUUAAAGUGCGGCACUGACAAUGAGAACAAAUCCGAUGACGCAUGCGAAUAUGCUUGGAAAGUGAACGAGUGCAUCAUGAAACAUUACAAAGAAAAGAAAAUGUAAUUAAUCUGCUGAAAAUAAAAAAGAUUGCAAUUAAAAAAACCAUAUUGUUGUGCAAAUAGUGUUUUACGAUGGGAAGGUAACAGGAAUUAUU